CGUUACAGAUUGGAAAGGACUUACUCGCCAAUCUUCAAUUGACUUUUUUUACUUUUUUUUCCCGUCUCUGACUUGCAAGAUAAAAGUUGGAUGAAUCUAACGCAGCCAACCCUCACCUCGGAGCUAGUGGGGACUUUCGGGGAAAAGAAACCCCUUUUAGCUUUUCAGGAAAAAGGUCUAUCAAGUAUUGGAUUUUUUUUUCAUGUUGGGGGUUCAACAGAUUUAACGGUCGCUCGAACUGAAGCCUCAGAAGAUAGGAUACUCUUACUAGUAUCUGAGUUUGCCUGGGCUGAAUUUUGAUCCUGAUGUCCAUUUGAUUACUCCAGUUUUGGCAACUACUGUUUUAGCAAGAAACUGGUGUGGCAUCAACAGGAGUCUAAUGAAUCAUUGAACUUUCUGACUUGGAAUAAAAGUUUCAGCCCAAGUGCAAAAAUGGCCAUGGCUGCUACUGUAAAAGUGGUUCUGGGCUCCAUUGCCUUUUCAAUCUUCUGGGUUCUGGCGGUUUUCCCAGCUGUACCCUUUUUACCUAUUGGAAGGACUGCAGGGUCCCUCUUAGGAGCCAUGCUCAUGGUCAUAUUCCAGGUCAUUACUCCGGAACAAGCAUUUGCUGCAAUUGAUCUGCCAAUCCUUGGCCUCCUUUUUGGUACGAUGGUUGUCAGUGUCUAUCUUGAAAGAGCCGAUAUGUUCAAAUACUUGGGCAAGUUGCUUUCAUGGAAAAGCAAAGGAGCAAAAGACUUACUCUGUCGACUCUGCCUGAUUUCUGCGAUUUCAAGUGCUUUUUUCACGAAUGAUACCUCUUGUGUUGUUUUGACCGAGUUUGUAUUAAAAAUUGCGAGGCAACAAAAUAUCCCGCCUCAUCCAUUCCUACUUGCCCUUGCCUCAAGUGCCAAUAUUGGUUCCUCAGCUACUCCGAUUGGAAACCCACAAAACCUUGUUAUUGCUGUUCAAAGUAAAAUCUCCUUUGGGAGUUUUCUCAUUGGAGUUUUCCCAUCAAUGCUCAUUGGAGUGUUUGUUAAUGCUUUAAUUCUUCUUUGCAUGUAUUGGAGGUUGCUUUCAGUUCAGAAAGAUGAAGAAGAUGCUGGAUUUGAGGUUGUUGCAGAUGAGGAUGUGAGUGCUCAUCGAUUUUCGCCAGCAACAAUGUCUCAUUUUACAUCCCUAAACUCUCAGGAAUGGAACUCAAGAUUGGAAUCUGCGAAUAUACAAAGCUCUCCUAGUGUUAAUGGGAACACAGUUCAUUUUGAUACUCUGAGAAAUCGAGUAAGUAACACAGAGAUUGAAAUCCAUAGCGUCCAUAGUGGUGAAUUCGAAUCUGGAAGGAAUUUAAAUGCUUCAAAAGACACAGCACCUGAUGCAUCUUUUCAGAAAACAGAGAGAACUUGUUCUUCUGAGAGGGUUCCAUCUUUGGAUAGAUCGGGGGAUAUGAUUCCUUCACAAUCAUCAGAAUUAAAUGACGGGCUAACCCCAAAGUGGAAAAAUAAAUUGUGGAAAGCAUGUGUUUACCUUGUUACUGUGGGAAUGUUGAUUGCUUUGCUCAUGGGUAUGAAUAUGUCAUGGACUGCAAUUACUGCUGCGCUUGCUCUUAUGGUUCUUGAUUUCAAGGAUGCCCGGCCGUGCCUUGAAAAGGUCUCUUAUUCACUUUUAAUUUUCUUCUGUGGGAUGUUUAUCACGGUUGAUGGCUUUAACAAGACUGGAAUUCCAAGCACAUUGUGGGACUUUUUGGAGCCGUAUGCACAGAUAGAUCAUGCUGCCGGCAUAGCAUUACUUGCCCUUGUGAUACUUGUUCUGUCCAAUUUGGCAUCAAAUGUUCCAACAGGCCAGCUUUGUAUUUCUGGAAAUGUAGUGUUGCGACUUCCCCUGAGAAUAAGAAGCAGAAAUUAUCACCACAUGUCUGUAAUAUACGCGUGGUGGAUUCCCAUUGAUGUUCUCAUAAAUUCAUGUAGCCGACUCCAAAAUUUUGGCAUAAAGGCUUUGAUGAUGAUGUGUGGGUAUAUGACUUGUUACCGAAACAUCCUGAAGUUUUAUGCGCAUAUUUUGGUAUCAUGCAGUUUCCGGAUGAUCAAACGUUGUCAUGUUUAUAAUUCUCAGUACUGUUACUUGGGGGAAGGGUGGCCGCAUCAGCAGCUGCGCUUUCUGGGGCUGAAGAAAAAAAGGCAUGGCUUAUCCUAGCUUGGGUGAGCACUGUGGCCGGGAACCUGUCAUUACUGGGAUCAGCAGCGAACCUUAUAGUGUGUGAGCAAGCUCGUCGUGCUCCACACCUUGCUUACAACUUGUCCUUCUGGAGCCAUCUUAAAUUUGGAGUUCCCUCUACUCUUAUAGU